AUUGGCAGCGGGCACCGGAAACGCUUGUGAGUCUGCAGCCCUGGCAAAUUUUGCCCCACGAGACGCACUCAAGAACGGGGUGCGCGAUUGGCAUAACGGCUGGAGUCUAGAGUAGUUGUACCGCUUCAUCCAUGGAGCAGGACGCGGGGGGCCGCACGGCCAGCGCGCUAUUCGCGGGGUUCCGGGCUUUGGGGCAUUUCAGCAACGGCAUUCCACACGUGGUGCGGUUCAGUGCGCUAAAGCGCCGAUUCUAUGUGACGACCUGCGUGGGCAAGAGCUUCCACACCUAUGACGUUCAGAAACUUAGUCUGGUCGCAGUAAGUAACUCUCUUCCACAGGAUAUCUGCUGUAUGGCAGCUGAUGGGAAGCUAGUCUUUGCUGCUUAUGGGAAUGUUUUCUCUGCAUUUGCCCGUAAUAAAGAGGUAGUACAUACCUUUAAGGGUCAUAAGGCAGAAAUCCAUCUUUUGCAACCCUUUGGGGAUCACGUUAUCUCUGUUGAUACUGACAGCAUUCUUAUUAUUUGGCACAUAUAUUCAGAAGAAGAAUACCUGCAACUGACUUUUGAUAAAUCAGUAUUUAAAAUUUCGGCAAUUUUGCAUCCCAGUACCUACUUGAAUAAAAUACUUCUUGGAAGUGAACAAGGAAGCCUUCAGUUGUGGAAUGUAAAGUCUAAUAAACUUCUGUAUACAUUUCCAGGAUGGAAAGUUGGAGUGACAGCUCUUCAGCAGGCACCAGCCGUGGAUGUUAUUGCUGUUGGUCUUAUGUCUGGUCAGAUUAUCAUUCACAACAUUAAGUUUGAUGAAACGUUAAUGAAGUUUCGUCAAGACUGGGGUCCUAUUACUUCAAUUUCAUUUCGUACAGAUGGUCAUCCAAUAAUGGCAGCUGGAAGCCCUUGUGGUCAUAUUGGACUCUGGGAUCUUGAAGACAAAAAAUUAAUCAAUCAAAUGAGAAAUGCACAUUCUACAGCAAUCGCUGGACUGACAUUUCUCCAUAGAGAACCACUUCUUGUCACAAACGGUGCUGACAAUGCUCUCAGGAUAUGGAUAUUUGAUGGUCCCACAGGUGAAGGCCGGCUUUUGAGAUUCAGAAUGGGACACAGUGCUCCUCUUACCAAAAUUAGAUAUUAUGGACAAAAUGGACAACAAAUUCUUAGUGCAAGUCAAGAUGGAACUCUUCAGUCAUUUUCCACGAUACAUGAAAAAUUUAACAAGAGCUUGGGACAUGGACUAAUAAAUAGAAAGAGAGUCAAACGUAAAGGACUUCAGAAUGCCAUGUCAGUGAGACUUCCACCCAUCACAAAGUUUGCAGCUGAGGAAGCUCGUGAGAGUGACUGGGAUGGUAUCAUUGCCUGCCAUCAAGGUAAACUAUCUUGUUCAACUUGGAACUAUCAGAGAUCUACAAUAGGCACUUACUUUCUCAAGCCAAAAGAGCUGAAGAAAGAUGACAUAACUGCAACAGCAGUGGACAUAACUUCUUGUGGAAAUUUUGCUAUAAUUGGUCUCUCAUCAGGAACUGUAGAUGUAUAUAACAUGCAGUCUGGUAUACAUCGAGGAAGUUUUGGCAAGGAUCAAGCUCAUAAAGGGUCUGUUAGAGGUGUUGCAGUGGAUGGAUUAAACCAGUUGACAGUUACAACUGGUAGUGAAGGAUUACUCAAGUUCUGGAACUUUAAAAACAAAAUUUUAAUCCAUUCUAUAAGCCUCAGUUCAACUCCAAAUAUGAUGCUGCUACAUAGAGACAGUGGCAUUCUGGGACUCGCCUUGGAUGACUUCUCCAUUAGUGUUCUGGACAUAGAAACCAGGAAGAUUGUCAGAGAGUUUUCUGGACACCAAGGCCAAAUAAAUGACAUGACUUUCAGUCCAGAUGGUCGUUGGUUAAUAAGUGCUUCAAUGGAUUGCUCUGUUAGAACUUGGGACCUUCCUUCUGGGUGUCUUAUAGACUGCUUUUUGUUGGACUCAGCUCCUCUCAAUGUUACUAUGUCCCCUACUGGAGAUUUUCUGGCUACCUCCCAUGUGGACCACCUUGGAAUUUAUCUGUGGUCCAAUAUUUCUCUGUAUUCAGUCGUUUCAUUACGGCCACUUCCCACAGAUUAUGUUCCUUCAGUCGUGAUGCUUCCUGGUACUUGUCAAACUCAAGAUGUAGAAUUAUCAGAAGAAACCAUAGAACCAAGCGAUGAAAUGAUAGAGUAUGAUUCCCCAGAACAGUUGAAUGAGCAGUUGGUGACUCUGUCACUCCUUCCUGAAUCACGGUGGAAGAACCUUCUUAAUCUUGAUAUUAUUAAGAAAAAGAAUAAACCAAAGGAACCACCGAAAGUACCCAAAUCAGCACCAUUUUUUAUACCAACAGUUCCUGGCCUUAUACCCAGAUAUGCUGCACCUGAACAAAAUAAUGAUUCCCAACAGUCUAAAGUAGUAAAUCUUGGAAUUUUGGCUCAAAAAUCGGAUUUCUGCUUGAAACUUGAAGAAGGACUGGUAAAUAAUAAAUAUGAAGCUGCUCUUAAUCUUCUGAAAGAAUUGGGCCCAUCAGGAAUUGAAACAGAGCUGCGAAGCUUGUCUCCUGAUUAUGGCGGGUCUGUAGAAGUUAUGCAGAGUUUCUUAAAAAUGAUCGGGAUGAUGUUGGACAGAAAGCGUGAUUUCGAGUUAGCCCAGGCAUACCUUGCAUUAUUUCUAAAGUUACACCUAAAAGUGCUUUCUUCAGAGCCCAUACUUCUAGAAGAAAUGACAAAGUUGUCAUCACAGGUGGAAGAAAACUGGAUCCAUUUACAAUCACUCUUCAAUCAAAGCAUGUGUAUUUUAAAUUAUAUAAAAAGUGCUUUGCUAUAAAAAUAAAUUUAAGUGAUUAAAUCAAAAUCUUUAUAUUAAGUGGGUUCAGUUUAACUCAUAUUUUGUUUUCCAAGUUUGAUUGUGAAAAAAAAAUAAAUGCUAGCACUACUGACUAGUCAGUCAUUAAUGAUGCUAAAUACUUACUUGAAAUAAAAUACCAGCCUUUUGUUUUAAAGACUUAAUCUACUCAAGUGAUCUGUUUUGAGUCUCUUCCCAUCAGUUACUCAUAUAUGACUUUUUGAAUCAUUAUUACCAACUCAUGUUUUUCAAAUAUUUGUAACAUAAGAACUGCUGGAUGUUUCCUGUAAAGUAUUGCUUAAUUAUAUUGAAGAUAAAACUGAUAUAUAAUAUAGUUAUAAAAGUGCCUUCGUGAUAUGAAGUAAAAAAGCUUGUUUCCUUCUUUGGUGGCCUUUGAUGAAAACAUGAAUCAUUGACUCUUAGAGCUGGAAGGUGUGUUAAAUAUUAGUUCAGCCCUCUUAUAAUGCAAAAGAGGAAGCUGCUAAGGUCAGCUCGGGAUCUCAGUGACAGAUCAAGAUUUUCUGACACUGCCUCUCUAAAAUAAUUUGUUCUUUUAUCAGGAACGUGAGAGGCAUUAUUACAAGGUAAAUUGCUGUAAGAGACAGUCGAACAGAUAUCUAGGAUAGGUUAGGGAAAUUCUUAAUUCUAUGACGAUAUUCUUCAAAGGUUUUUCUUCCUUACUAAUAACCAUUCUGGCAAGAAACUGCUAACUACUUUUUUCUCAUAACCAUUGAAAAACCAGAUAGCUCUGAUUGUUCCUCUUUUCCAUCAUUAAUUUCUUUGCAUGGUUCAAAUCUUCAGCAAUACAUGAAUUAAAAAUAAGCAAUUCUUAAAAGCAUAGUGCUCUAAAAGCAAUUUUUACUUUACUCAAAAGUACUGUCAUUCAUAAAAUUCAUCUGGUUGUAUUUUAAUGCUAAUAUCAUUAGGAUAAGAAGGUUUUACGGAAUAAUUUCCAGAAAAACAUUUCUCACAAGAAAUUGUCAGGGAUAACUUUGAAUAUCAAAGUGUUUUUGUUUAAUGUAUAAGGUAGAAUUAGUAAGCUGCUAAAGAAAUAAGCAGUCUGGUUUGUACUCUUGUUUUUCUUUUAGAAGUGUCUGUAAACUUAAUAAAGCCACUGACUGAAAUGUUAACAAGGACUUAAGUUCUAAUUUCAAAAAUCAUAUUUCCUCCUGCCCCAAAACUGUUCUAAAGAUGUGGCAAAAUUCCAGUAUAUAAUCAUGUACCAUGUGAAGAUUGUAACUAAAACAAAAUAAUAAGCUCUAAACUGAAAUUGUAUUGCUUUUAUAAAUCUUGAAUUUUCUUCUCUUUUUCAAAUGAGAACACAGAAGUUGAAUAUUGCUUUUAUUGGAGAUAUUGUUUUAUUUAGAUAGUAUUAUAGCUUCAUUUUGGCAGGUGGUCUUCUAGAACCUUUGUGUUUGCCAUCAAGGAAGGGAGAGAGAAAGAAAUACAAAAGAUAAUUUGUAUGUAUAGUUUUUCUUAGAAUAUAUCAGUCUGUGCAUACUGCUUUGUCUUUAAAAUUUAAAUUACAGAUGUAGUAAAUGACAAUAUUUUACUUGUAAAAACAUCAGAAACGUGUCUAUUUUUUGACAGUGACCUUCAAUCUCAACUCCCUCUAGAAGUAUGACAUUUAACUUUCCAUCUAUACCUUUUUCUGUGAAUAUAUAUAUAUAGACAUAUAUAGCUACAGGAAAUAAAAUGUAUGGUUUUUUAUAUAUGUGUAUCAUUCUGUAACUUUUUCUACUUGUUUUUUUAUUUCAGUAUAAUCAUAUCUAAUCUCUUUUGUAUAGUGUUCCACAGUCAGUGUAGCCUAUAGUGGACAUCUUAAUUAAAUUCCUUUUUCUUUUUUUCUAAUUACAAACAAUGCUGAAAGAAUGUCAUCCUGUAUUACUAUGUGCAUAUAAAGAUUUCUCUGUAGUAUAUGCUUAGCUUUUGAAUUGCUGGGCCCGAGUUAGGCAGUUUUAAAGAGAUACUUAAUUUAGUUUCUAAAAUGGCUAUUAACAGUUUAUAGUUUCUCUUCAGUAAUGAAUGGGUACCUGUUCCCCAUAUCAUUAAGGACAUUUGAUAUUAGAUUUUUAAAUUUUUUAUUACUCUAAUGGGUUAAAACAUUGUUUUAAUUUUAAAAUCUGAUGCUAGUGAGGAUGGGCAUCUUCUAAUGUUUAUUUUAGGCCAUUUUUAUAUUUUUAUAUUACCUUUUACACUGCUCAUUUUUCUAUUGAUUGACUUUUUUUUUAAUAUUCAUUUGUUAGGAUUUUUUCAUAUAGUUUAGAUAUUAGUCUUUGAUAUCUGUUGCUAAUGUUUUCUCCCAGGGUCACUUGUCUUUAACUUUAUUAUGGUGUCUUUUUUUAGAUGUUUUAUAUGUAUAGGCAAAAUGACAAUUUUUAUGACUUAUUUCAAAAUAUAAAGCAUAUUCUGUAUUCUAAGACAUUUAUCAUGUAACAUCUCGAUUUUUGUGAAGAGUGUAAGAUAGCUACUUUCAUUCAGAAGUCCAACAACUGUUUACUGAAGUCCAUUCUUCUCUCACUGAUUUGAAAUGUUUUAAAUCCUUUCAUUGAAGUAUUUGACAUCCCUAAUAAAUAAUGUAUUGCUUUGAUUAUA